UCCCUCCCUUCUCCCUCCCUUCUCCCUCCCUCCCUCCCUCCCUCUCUCUCUCUGCCUCCCGCCCGCCGCCGCAGCCGCGCACGGGGGCUCCGCCGCCCGCCCCGCCGCGAUGCCCCGCCGCUGCUGAGCCGCCGCCCGCUGCCGCUGCCCGCCAGGUUGAGGAUGUUCGGGACCCGUCUGGUGGAAGCGGCCAUGUCACGAGUAACUCCCGCGCACGCCUCCCCAGGGAGGAGCUUCCCUCUGCUGAGCCUUGUCCUGGUGCUGCUCCUCCAUGCAGGGGCCACGCGUGCCGAGAGCCCCAGUGAACUGCCCGCCAACGACACCGAGGAGUGCGCUGGCUCCUACAUCUGCAAGAAGGGAGUGAUUUUACCAAUAUGGGAACCCCAGGACCCCUCGUUUGGGGACAAAAUCGCUCGGGCGACGGUGUACUUUGUAGCCAUGGUGUACAUGUUCCUGGGAGUGUCCAUCAUAGCCGACCGCUUCAUGUCCUCCAUCGAAGUCAUUACGUCCCAAGAGCGGGAAAUAACCAUCAAGAAGCCCAACGGCGAGACCAGCAAAACCACCGUGAGGAUCUGGAACGAGACUGUUUCCAACCUCACACUCAUGGCCUUGGGCUCGUCUGCUCCUGAGAUCCUCCUGUCUGUCAUCGAGGUGUGCGGCCAUGGCUUCACAGCGGGGGACCUGGGGCCGAGCACGAUCGUGGGGAGUGCUGCCUUCAACAUGUUUGUCAUCAUUGCAAUCUGUGUGUACGUGGUGCCAGAUGGAGAGAUAAGGAAGAUCAAGCACUUGCGAGUGUUUUUUGUUACAGCGGCCUGGAGCAUCUUUGCCUACACUUGGCUUUACAUUAUUUUAUCUGUGUCUUCUCCUGGGAUUGUGGAGGUUUGGGAAGGCUUGCUCACCUUCUUCUUCUUCCCCAUCUGCGUGGUGUUUGCCUGGAUAGCUGACAGGAGGCUUUUAUUUUACAAGUACGUCUACAAGAAAUACCGAGCCGGCAAGCAGAGAGGCAUGAUCAUUGAGCACGAGGGUGACCGGCCCUCCUCCAAGGCCGACAUCGAGAUGGACGGAAAGGUUGCUAAUUCUCACGUGGAGAACUUUUUGGAUGGGACACUGGUGUUGGAGGUGGACGAGAAAGACCAGGAUGACGAGGAAGCCAGGAGGGAAAUGGCUCGGAUCCUGAAGGAGCUGAAACAAAAGCACCCAGACAAGGAAAUUGAGCAGCUCAUAGAGCUGGCCAACUACCAGGUCCUGAGCCAGCAGCAGAAGAGCAGGGCCUUCUACCGCAUCCAGGCCACCCGGCUCAUGACCGGCGCCGGCAACAUCCUGAAGAGACACGCCGCAGACCAGGCCCGCAAGGCCGUCAGCAUGCACGAGGUCAACAGCGAGGUGACUGAAAACGAUCCCGUCAGCAAGCUCUACUUCGAGCAGGGCACCUACCAGUGCCUGGAGAACUGUGGCACCGUGGCCCUGACCAUCGUCCGCCGGGGAGGAGACCUGACCAACACAGUGUACGUCGACUUCCGGACAGAGGACGGCACGGCCAACGCCGGCUCUGACUACGAGUUCACUGAGGGGACGGUGGUCUUCAAGCCCGGAGAGACCCAGAAGGAAAUCCGCGUUGGCAUCAUCGACGACGACAUAUUUGAGGAGGAUGAGAACUUCCUGGUCCACCUCAGCAACGUCCGUGUGAGCACAGAGGCCUCAGAUGAGGGCGUUCUUGAGGCCAGCCGUGUCUCAACACUCGCCUGCUUGGGAUCGCCGUCUACUGCCACCGUCACCAUUUUUGACGAUGACCAUGCCGGCAUCUUCACCUUCGAGGAGCCAGUAACACACAUCAGUGAAAGCGUAGGAACCAUGGAAGUGAAAGUGUUGCGAACCUCUGGAGCACGAGGAAAUGUUAUUGUGCCCUACAAAACCAUUGAAGGCACGGCCAAAGGUGGAGGAGAGGACUUUGAAGACACCUGCGGGGAGCUGGAGUUCCAGAACGAUGAGAUAGUCAAAACGAUAUCAAUCAAGGUGAUAGAUGAUGAGGAGUAUGAGAAAAACAAGACCUUCUACCUAGAGAUCGGGGAGCCCCGGCUGGUGGAGAUGAGUGAGAAGAAAGCCCUGUUGUUGAAUGAGCUUGGUGGCUUCACCAUCACAGGGAAACUCCGCUAUGGCAAACCUGUCUUCAGGAAGGUCCAGGCUAGAGAUCAUCCUCUUCCUUGCACCGUGGUCUCCAUCCAAGAGGAGAAUGAGGAAAAGCAGCCCCUGACCAGCAAGGAGGAGGAAGAGCGUCGGAUCGCAGAGAUGGGGCGCCCAGUCCUGGGGGAGCACACCAAACUCGAGAUCAUCAUUGAGGAAUCCUAUGAGUUCAAGAACACGGUGGACAAGCUCAUUAAGAAGACGAACCUGGCCCUGGUGGUUGGCACAAACAGCUGGAGGGAGCAGUUUAUUGAGGCCAUUACUGUCAGCGCGGGGGAAGAUGACGAUGAUGAUGAAUGUGGGGAGGAGAAGCUGCCCUCCUGCUUUGACUACGUGAUGCACUUUCUGACCGUCUUCUGGAAGGUCCUUUUUGCCUUCGUGCCCCCGACAGACUACUGGAAUGGCUGGGCUUGCUUCGUUGUCUCCAUCCUCAUGAUUGGCCUCCUGACAGCCUUCAUUGGCGACCUGGCAUCCCACUUUGGCUGCACCAUUGGUCUGAAGGACUCGGUCACUGCCGUCGUGUUUGUCGCCCUGGGGACAUCGGUGCCAGACACAUUUGCCAGCAAAGUAGCAGCAACGCAGGACCAGUACGCGGACGCGUCCAUCGGGAACGUCACCGGCAGCAACGCCGUGAACGUUUUCCUGGGCAUCGGGGUGGCCUGGUCCAUCGCGGCCAUCUACCACGCGGCGCACGGACAAGCCUUCCAAGUCUCCCCUGGCACACUGGCCUUCUCCGUCACCCUCUUCACCAUUUUUGCUUUUAUCAGUGUGGGAGUGCUGCUCUACCGGCGGAGACCCGAGAUCGGAGGUGAGCUGGGCGGGCCGCGGACUUCCAAGCUGCUCACAUCCUCACUCUUUAUCCUCCUCUGGCUCUUGUACAUAUUCUUCUCAUCUCUGGAAGCCUACUGCCACAUAAAGGGCUUCUAAAGGGACAAUCAGAGAUAGUAAAUAUGUGUAUAUCUAUAUAUAUCUAUAUAGAGUGAUAUAUAGGUAUAGAUAUAGAUAUAAAGCUGUGUAUAAUGAACAGAGAAAGAAUAAAAGAGAUUUGCCAUGUUCACAUACCUGCUGAUGGAAAGCGGCUUUGGAGCAUCCUUUGAACUAGGCAGGACCCCAAAGCCAGCAGGACCCCUCCCCAGGCAGCGGCCCCAGCCAGGAGCCAGGGGCAGGGCCCUGUCUGCAGCUCGACCAACAGGAGCGGCCGAUGGCCACCGAGCCCCUUCCAUGGCUGACUCCCACCCGCUGGCCCCGGGAAGACGGAUGAGAAGGCGACCGGGGCGUGUCGGUGUGAGCAAGGCCAGAGUAGCUGGUGAGAAACAGAGCAGUGGGCAAGGGAAGGAGAGGAGAGCAAGGGUUCUGAUCUCCCACCGCAUCCAGCUGCCUUCGCCACCCGGGAACAGGCCCUCUGGCCCUGCUGGAGAGGAGCGAGAGACCGAACUGAAGACAAGGGGAAACUGGGAGCUUUCUAAGGAUAGAACACAAACCGUUUUCGUCAUUGCUUUGGGGUUGGUUUUUUUGUUUCGUUCUGGCGUGUGUACAACUAGCAUUUCCCACCCACAUGCCCCUCACCUUUCCCUGUCCGUGCUUUGGGGGUGCACAGCCGCAGCCUCGUGUCCCGUGUCCCAAGCCGAGGCCGCGCGGAGCGGCGGGAGCCUUCCUCCCACUCCUCCGCCUCCUCGGGCAUGCUGUCGUGGUACUUGUAACAUUUGCAUGAAUGAAAUGAAAUCUAUCUGUAUAUAGCAUCCUAUAGCGAUAGUCCUUCCAACCAUGUGGGUUGAGCAUUGCAGAUUACAAGCGUUUUCUUUUCACUGGGUUUUAUUUAUUUUUAGUUAGUUCGGUUUUGCCAUAGGGUUUUGCUCGUUUGUUUGUUUGUUUCCUCUUAGCGGGGGUGGAAAGGAUGGAAAGCUGUCCCCACUCACUGCUCGUGGCAUGGCUCCAUGAGAAGCAAUAACAGCCAUGCAGUUGUAGGUUUUCAGGGGAGGAAAACCCACACCCCAGAGCCUUCAGGCUCUGUCCAGCUGACGUGCUGAAGCCAGUGUGAGGCCUCCUCUGCCCACAGGAGGUGUUACACAGGGUCCCAGGGAGUGGGGUGAGCAGUCUGAGGGGAGCAAGCUUGGCUGACUCCCAGCACCCCACAUGCUUCUGCCUUUUGAGUCGGUGGCUGCCUCAAAGCCCUUGGCCCCCUGCUAUUGCCUGUACCCCCAGAGGUGUAGUGACAGCCCCUGUUUCUGAGUGUUAAGCCAUCAGGACCAGUCCCCAAAGCUGGUCCUUCCCCACAGCCAUUUGGAGGCAGGGCUGAAGGGCCGUGCGAGAUCUCCCACUCCACUGAGCGUGACCAGGACGCAUCCCCCAGGAAAAGGUCGUGUUUUGCACUCUCCAAAUCCCAAGUCACUGGACAGGAUGAGACAGGGAGGUGUGACUCAGCAUCACCCCCUGGUGCCAGGAGUGCAGGCUGGGAUAGAGAGCUGAGCCAGGGAAAUGUGGGUGUAGAGCUCCCCGGGGCACCGACACUGGGCACUGGUGGUGAGAGAUGUCUCCUGACCCGCUGCCCUUUGCCAGGCUUCCUGACAUUCCAGCCAGGCAAACUCCCAGCCUGCAUGUCCAUGGUGAGCUCUUCCCACUCAGCUGAAAACCAUGUCUGAUGCUUGUACCAUAACCAGCUGGCUGGGGGUAUUUGUACUCAUCUUGAACUAUCUGUGGAAAUUUUAAUUAACCUGCUGUAAGAUUUUCUCUAGGAAUAUGAAGUUGUGGUUUAUGGGUUUUUUUUUUCUUCUCGAGCCUUUUUUCACUUUUGAUUUGUUUUGGGGUUUUUCUUUUUUGUUUCUCAUUGUUUUGGGGAAAAAUCAAACACAGGUGCAGGUUGUUCAGGUUUAUGAUUACUUUUAUGUACAAUGAUUUCAUUUUCAUCUGUUUGGCUUCAUUUUUUUCUUUGUGUGUAUUGCCCACCACUAUAGGCAGUGAGUCCACUAAUUGUGAUGAUCCUUAUCAAUGGUACACAAUGCACAGAGAAAUAAAGUUUGUAAUGAUUCCUGAUGGAUCCAGUACUGCUCCUGCAUAUUCUCUAUGGAAAACCCUUCUCUCCCCUCCAGCUGUUUCCAUCAUAGCCAUCUCUCCUUGACUCAUUGGUUUGCCUUCCCUGUGUUUCUGCCUCUGGCAGGGGCAGUGGUGCCUUGGCACGGCUGCCCCUGCCCCAUCCCAUGCCCUUCCUCCCUCUCCAUCUCCAUGGUGCCUCAGGCUCGGUGUGUGCUGCGCUACAGCCACGGCUCACAGCCUGCUCCACUCUCAGGGGGAGGCAGGAAACCACCCAGGACAAAGCUGCAGGGCAGCCCACCCUGCUGGGGCCAGCAGCUGCCCCCGUGCUGGGUUAAGCCCUAGGCUGGGGGAGAGCUGUGGGGUGCCCCCAAGGUACCAAGCAGCUCUUUCUGCUUGUGUCCUCUAUACAACUGCUCCUGCUCUCACUGCAGCCUCACAGUGACCUGUGAGGGUUAAACCACGAGCUAACCAUGGGGGAGAAUGCAAGAGGUGCAUUGCCAGGACCGGGUCCAUGGGUGCCAAAGCAGAUCUGGGGCACCCCACAAGGCUGGGCUGCUCUCAGGAGGUGCCUGCCCAAGCCCCAGCCCAGGAUCCAUGGGCCAUUUCAGACCCAUCUGUGCCUCCACACAGCUCAGCCAGCACUGAGGAGCAGAAAAGUCUCCCCAUGGCCAGGGAUGUUGCUCCUCCCUGUGUUUCAUCCAGCAUCUGUUGAGCUGUCCCCAGAUAAACCCUCCCUGCAGUGCCUGGGAGGUCCUGCUCUGACAGCUGAACUCAAACACCAGCCCUGGAGACGGGCCCCAGGCAAGCACUGCCUUCAACAUUCCCGGCAGAGAGCACGGCCAGCAGUGUCCAUGAGCUUCUCCCGGGCAGUGCAUCGUGAAAGCAAAGCAGCUCCUCUGACCCAGUAAUUGCAUCUGCUGAAAGGUGAUGUGGGUGUUUUCCCCUCAUCAUUUGCUCCUUCAGAAUUAAUUGCCUUUGCUGAAAUAAUUAACAAGUCAAAUGGGACUUGUGUGGCUACUUAGGUUAGCAGACAGUAAAUAACUCUUGUGCUCACGGAGCUUUCCAAAGGGAAUGAUGGAGCAGUGCUUGCUGAGGACAAGGCUGAACACCAGCCCUGGUCAUGCAGUUGCUCUCUGCCAGCUGUGUGCUUUGGGCAUCUUUACCGAGGCUGUGCCCAUGUGACCUGAGUGUGCCCAGUGUGACCUGAGUGUGCCCAGUGGCUCGUGGAGGGGUCACAGGGAGCAGCCAGGGGAAGCAGUGCUCCCAAGGGUGCCAGGCCUGCUCUUCUGCACAGUCUCCUCUUCAAACCACACUCUCCAAAGGCAGAAGAGAGCUGCCCUCCCUGAGAGGACACUGGCUGGCAGCGCUGGGAGGCAGCAGGAGGAAGCACAUCCCCAGCACAGUCACGCCUUGUCACAGCUCAGCUCCCUGGAUCCCCUGUCCAAUGCCAGAACUCUCCCAUCUCUUCCUCAUCCAGCCUCCCACCCUUGCCUGCACAGGGAGAGCAUCGAGCACCUCUGGUACAGGCCCUGGUAAAGGGUUUAUGGAUGUUGCCAGAAGCAGCAGCUCAAACCUUCGGCCUCCAUCCAUUUCCCUGCCCCAUUUGCUCUCACCCCCUCUCAUCACCCCACCAGCCAAAGGCAAACCUUUCCUUGGAAAAGGAUGCAGCACAUGUCCAAAGGAUAUUCAGGGACCGGAGACACCCACACUGCCAAGCACAUGGGGACGAGCAGAAGGAGCACACCAGUGACAGCCCCAGCCAUCCUGGACAAACCACAUUGCCAUGGCGUGGAGGCAAAUCCCAUCCACAACCUGAACACUGGGAGAAGGCACAAGAAAAAAGGAAAGAGCCACAGAUCUGCAGUGCCUCAUGGCUGAGCCCACCUUGACUGCCACUGUGCCAGGGCAGCACAGGGACUGCUCCAUCCCAAGGUGUGGACCCCUCAUCUCCAGCCAAAGGAGGCUCCUGUCCCUGUGUCACCCGUGCCAGGCAGCCCCUGGUGCCUGGCAACCAUCACAAGAGUCCUUGUGCAUCCUCACCCUGCUCCCUGGAGGGACAGAGGGGAGAAGGGAGGCCUGGAGCGCGCCUGGUCACGAGCCUGGCUGUGAACUCUCUGCUCUGUUUCUGCUGUGGGCAGGCACUGGGGAGGCAGAGCCCCUCUGUUAUUGUUACAGCUAUUUUUAAAUUCUCGCGUAAGAAUCGGCGGUGUUGGUGGCCAUAUACAUAACUCAGGAGGAAGUUCAACUGCAUUCCUGGAGGGACAGAGCUGAGCAGAGCCAGAAAGUGAGGAAAACUUAAUGCUGGACAGUGUAAUUCCAGGACAAAGCCUUGCAUUAUUUUCUGUCAGCUUUGGCACCCAAGCCCUCCUGGAGAAACGUGUUUGCAGAGCACCAGGAACCUCUCUGGCCUCUCUGGGCACACAGUGACCAACUAUUGAUGCCUGUACCCGUGCUCAGCACAGCUCUGGAAAAGCCUGUUUAUCUUGUAAAACACUGGCUUGCACAGAAAAGCAUCCAGAGGCGUCCAUAUUCUUGCAAAAAGCGCCGAGGGACAAUAAAUACAGAGAGAUUCCUCACCUUUUAAGGACUUGAGCCUUUCUGCUGCUGGAACUGGAGGUGCCAAGAACCUCUUGCCAGGCAGCAGCACCCCUCACACGGAGGGAAGGGACACUGAAAGGGAAAGGGGCCUGCCUGGCCAUGUAGGAGCUGUUAUCAGCAAAGACAGGCAGAGCUUGCUGCCAUCAGCAGGGUUUUCUGCCUGUGGGAUGCCCCUGAGAGCAUCCAAGGAGUCUCCACAGGGCCUUGCUCUCUCUCUGGAGUAUCUCAAGAGCAGCCAGUGCUGCCCCUGGGACUCAGCACCCCCAGGGUGGUUCAGCACCUCUCCUGCAGGAUCUGCACCUUCCCUUGGCUCCUUCCCCUUUCCCAAAGGGAAUGCCAGCUUGGGGCUGCCCUCACCACAAGUGUGGAAGAGGGCACUGGGGCACCCACUGUUCCUACUCUGGAUCACUGCUGGAGCUGGGUGUGCCAGUGGGAUGCCCAGCACCGGAGGGCACAGGGAAGGGACAAGUGCCAAGGGCUCCCACCCAGACCUGGAAACCUUGUUCAAGCACUGCCACAGCCUGUCCUGGCUGCCAGGGGCAUGGCAUGCACCUGGAUUUCUGCACAGACACAGCACAGCCUCCAGCUUCUCUGGCUGCCCGUGGUACCAACCCCAGACAGGAUUUUUGUCUCUUUGAGUCAAAACAGCCCUUGGCCUGGAAAGCUUCCUGCCCCUCCAGUACACAGGGUCAGGUGGCAAUGGGAAGGACCAUUAGUGACCCACCAUUAGUGAUCCCACCUGGUGCAGGGUCCUCCACGUUCCGCCUCGAGCCAUCUCAAGGUCCCAAAAUCUACACUCAGUGGCAAUCCAGCCUGCAGCCUGCUCUGUGCUUGCCUCCCCUGUGAAGCCUCUUCACAUUCCACUUUCUCCCAAGCUCCCAGCAGAGGAGCAUCCUCUGUCCCUCUGUCCUGCCCCGCAGCUGGGGGUUUCCUGUGUGCGACAGAUUUCCUUCCUCACAGCACUGAACAGCAGCCCUUGUUAGCUCAGCCUUGCUGUUUGUGUCUCAAGGCAAAGAUGAACCACCCCACAUCAUGGACCUGAGCCCCUAAAACCAAGGAGCCUACAAACUUCCACACAAACCCCACAAACCCUCCUGCUCAUCACCAAGGCACAUCACAGCCACUGCCCCCAGGCACAGUUUUUAUUGUGCCACUGUCCUUCACUCAUUAGUCUGUGGAAGUUUUUUUGCUGGAUUUCCACCAUUAUCAAGUCCCACAGAUGCUCCAACUCCACCCCCAAUCCCAACAUCCUCUAUGCUUCCAAAACAAACUAAUUUGCUUUAUCUGGGGGUUCAAGGCUUUCCUGCCUUUGCUUGAAAUGGGCACUUGAAGUAGAACAAGUUGCAAUGGCUUGGGAUGCUUAUCCACACUUGGAGCUCCUAAACCCUUGCAGCAUGUGGGAAACUGCCACAGGGCUCUGUCCCUGCACCUCCCAACCUCUUUGUGGGGGUGGGAUUUAUUUCUCCUCCAUUUCUUUCAGCUCAGAGGAGUCUCUUGAGAGAUGGGAGGAUGAGACCUGCAUGGAGCACAGCCAUGCUCUGCUUUCCUGAUGGAAAUUGCCUGUCCAUGGCACUGCCAUCCCCAGGAGUGUGUGCCCCACUGCCCCUGGCAGGGUCCUCACUCACAGAAGUAUGAGAUUCUGGCAGAUGAACCGCUUUGCAGAGAUACUUAGAAACAUGCAGAAUUUCUAAGUCCCUGUGAAAUUGCUGUGCUGGCACGGGCAAGGCUGGAUCCUGGUGUUGCAAAAGUGUCCCAGAGCUUGUUUGGGAACAUUAAUGAAAGGUUUCACAAACCAGCAGCUUUGUGAUUCCCAAGGAUGUGGGGAGGUGCACAAGUGGAUUUCUCCUUGUUUCAUGUGAUGCUGAGAUGCCUCCCUUGGCUUCAGCUCCAGCCCUGUGCCCUGCCCGGCCUUGCAGUAGGAGCUGUAAUGAGCUGGCCCUUGGCUGAACUCCUCCUGCUCAAAUGAGAACAAACUCAUGACUGUUUGUGUCUUCAUUUGCUGGCCCCAUGUUGCCUCCUUCAUCUUGCGAGCUCUUGAGGAAAAUGUGCCCAUGCAGGGAGCCUUGCAGGAGCCCUGCUUGUCUUGCUCUUUAAUCAGGAAACACAAACUACUUUCUGCAGCUCAAGAGAGCAAAAGAUGGCAAUAAUAUCUCUUACAUUGCAGGCACUGUGUUAGCAAGGAGGAAAAUGUUAUUUAUUUUUUCCCUGACAGUACUUGUCCUACUUCUUUUUUCCAUAAUGCAUUAAGUGUUAGGAGGCACAGCUCUGCACACAGUCCAGCUCUCAAGACUACCUGUUGAGGACAUUGCUCAGCAAUCCAGCAGUUUUGUUUGUGGAUGAAGGGCAGAAGGUGGUGAAUUCUCCUAGGACUCCUAGCUCCUGCAGGAAGACACAGCCAUGCUGGCAAAACCCACAAAACGCUGGGUUCUGUGAAUUGCAGCCCUUUGCAUCCUGGGUCUCUGUGCCAAGAAGACCUGGCAUGAGGCUGUAAAAUCCAAAUCCUGAACUUCCUGAAGACCACUCAGCAGUGAUGGGAGCACCUUUAUCCCUCCUGCUGUCUCCAGGCUGCCCAGAGAGGUCUCUGGCACACCCGGUGCUCACCUCGUGAGAACGUCACCGCUGAUCGAGCAAGAAGAGGACAAGGAGUAGACAGACCACGUCCUACCUCCCACCCCAAAUACAAACCCACAGGAUAUUCCCAGCAAAAAGCAGCCAGACUGCCAGGCAGUCCUUGGGAAACCUCUCCCAUCUCAAAGGCAGCAGGUUCCCCAUGGCACUCGCUCCCCACAUCGCUGCCCUGAGGCAGGGGCUGCUCCCAGCUCAGCAUCCUGCAGGCACAGCCAAAGGAGACACCUGGGCUUCCUUCUGGGAGCAUCAGCCAGAGAGGCCUGCAAGGAGUGGCCAUAAUAUUCCAAAGGAGAGAUAAAUGAGAUGGGAAUUAGUUAAAAACCCCUACAGCAGGGGUAAUUUAGAUCCAUCACUUAUUUUCUGCUGUAAUGAAGUGGCCUAAUUAUCUUGAUGCUUGAAUGACCACUCCAGUUCUCAAAAGUCAUUUCUGCACACUUGAAUAGCUGCUCCUCCUUCUAGAGAAACCAUCUCAGAAGGGAGCACAUCUUCCUUGGCAGAGAUGUAAUCCAUGUCAGCAGCUCCUCCCACUGUCCCUCUCGGGAGCAGAGGGACACUGGGGCAGGGAGCUGCCUGCACAGCCUGUCCCAGGGCUGCUGGACACUCCCCACAGCAAGGAUCCCCUGGAACAGCAGGAUGCAGGAGGGCAGGAGCUCAAAGUGGGCCUGAGAAGUGCUGGGGGCAGCUGGUGGCUGGAUGCAGCCCAUAGGGGAGACAGGCAGCAGGCGUGUGUGUGGUGAGUCUCCUCAGGGGCACCCCAUGCCUGGGUGGUGGCUGGGGACAGCACUGCCAAGGCAAGUUGCCCUCUGGAAUUUUGGAUGUGCUCCAGAAAGAAUGGCUCUCCCUUUCCUGCUCUCCUCUGAAGCCACCAGUCUCUGACAGGCUUCAAUGUGUCCCUGCUCAGCACUCCAAGGGCAGCUCCCCCGGGGCAGCACUGGCAGGCAGGCAGGAGGAGGCUGUGACCACCCUUCCUGACGCACCCAAAGCCACCUGCCACCGCCAUCCUGUCACCCAUCACCCUGUGUGUGUCCCCUCACUACCACGAGGCACCCUAGGGCAGACAGACAUCUUGUGCAAACCUUGACAGAGAGAGAGAGAAACAGAGAGAUCUCUGACAGCCCAAGCAGCCCCCUGGUCCCCCCAGCAGGGACAGGGCAGGCAGACCCCAGCUGGACAGAGCCAAAUUAUUCCAAAGCUGAGCUGAGAGUUUGCAGAAGAGCUGGUUUGCCUGGAGACAGAAACCAGAGCACGGGUCAUAAAUUGAACUCCACCUUCCCUCUGCCUCCUGCGCCAUGCUUGGUGCCACGGGCUGGCCCUGCCCCAGCUUGUGCCCCAAGCUGAGGGUCACCCCCAGGCUCAGCAGCUGGAGCCCCCCAGUCUCUCUGUCUCUGUCACAGUUCCUCACAAAUUCAAUGGCACAAUGCAGCUACACUAUUUGAAAAGCCAUAAUAUUUGUUGGUACGACUCUUUUAUUACUGUCAAUUUAUAUAUAUAUUUGUUGAUAAAAGAGGUCAUCUUGGGAGACACUUCCAGUCUACUGGGAAAUAAUUGUCCGAUGCUGUAUAUUCUGUACAUGCUGUAUAAACAAAGCAAAAUAUGUAAAUCUCAACGUUUGGUGGACUUGGUGCUGCAGGGGCAGACUGGCACCAGGCAAGGCCCCUUCUGGGGCGCCACGGCCGGGGCUGGGGGCUCCCAGCAGCGUCCCCAUCCUGCUGGGCCCUGGCACGGCCUGGGGCAGGAGCUGGCCCUGAGGCUCCCUCGGUGCUUUCCCUGCACGAAGGUGGAAGGGGCAGCUUUGGGAUUUGGGAGCAGGAGCAGCUGCACCUUCCCUCCCUCCCUCCUUCCCGGGGCACAGCCAGACCCAUCCGGAGCUCGGUGUCACCCAGCCCGCAGCCAGCACCCAGCAGGACAUCCGUGAGCCUUGGGGGUCCCAGAGAGAGCUCGGUGUCACCCGGCUGCUCCCCAGCCCGCCCAGCACGACAUCCGUGAGCCUUGGGGGUCCCAGGGAGACGAUUCCUCGCGGGAAGGCAGAGACUGGCUCCGAGCAUCCAGCUUCUCCAGCUCCUUCCCAGCCAAGCCAGCCGCCCUCCCCGGCGCGUUCUACAGCAGCCACGGGCUGUGACUUUCUAGCCCGACACACGCUCCUAGGAAACCUGUUUCAUAUUUUCCGUGGUAUCGGUCUACAACUUUUGAAAUUAUUGGACACAGUCGUGGUAGCCUAAAAGUUGUGCUGAGCUCAUAUAUUUUUAUAUUUGUGGUGUUUUCCUAUCAAUAGAGAGUAGUGAACCCUAUAGCUGAAAGUGAACUAUUCCAAAUAAAUAUAUGACUGCAGAAAAUAUUUGUAAAAAUAAUUUAUUUUAAAUAUUCUGCCAAAGAUAGCUCUCUAAUGAUCUGUAAGAUGUCGUUUCUCUCUUUUUGCUCUGAAUGUCAUUGUGAAAGAACCUUUCUCCCCAUAUCUUUUGAAGAUUUUUUUUUUUUUGUAUCUUUAAGGGCAAAGAAAUAUUCCAAUGAUUUUUUACUAGAGCAGUAAAUAGAGUAGUAGGGAGGCACGAGACAACUCUGCAAAGGUGACAAAUAGGAUCCAGUAACAAUCACUCUGAAAAUCCGGUUUUUCCCAUGGUUCCUCUGGCUGACAGAUGGGGUUGGAAUCCUGGGACAGCUGUCCAGCAGGAAGACCUUGGCUGCUGCUGCUGCUGCUGCUGUGGCUGCUGUGUACCUUACCCGAAGGAGGGAAAUCUCCUGAGAAUCCCAUCCCCAGGCUUGAGGCAUUUGGAUCGCCUUGCAUCCAAUCUUAGCCUCUCCAUUAUUUAUGGGCAUAAUUUAUUCAUUAUCCCUUAAUAGGCCCUGUGGCACAUGGGGAACCCUCCCCCAGAGCUUUGUGGGGCUUCAGCCCAAGCCAUUCCCUCCACACCCCUGCCAGCAGCCCUGAACCCCUGGCACAGGGAAUCCUGCUGGCAUCCAGACCUGUCCCUUCCUCACGUGGGGACAGGGCAGGGGACACCCAGCCACCAGGGGACACUUUGGCAAGAGGAUCCAUCCCUGCAGGUAUCCACUUAAACAAGGGGAAGUACAGCCUUUUACCAUGGAGAAGCUGCCUAGAUUAGCGUUUGAGAAAUGACUAUUUUUUUAUUAUUAUUGCAGAGAGAAAUCUUUCCCUUUUCAUUUCUCCCUUUUGAAAUGAUUUUUCAAUACUAGGGAAAGCCUUCAUUAUCUUCUGUGAUCCCCCAGGUCUGCUGCAGUGGAAAUAAAUCCUCAGCCAUGUCUGUUAGGCUCCACCACUUCAAAGAGAUUCUUGGCUCAGAUUUUUCUCCCUUCUGAGCAGAUUCACAAUUUCUUAAGUGUCUUGGUCAUAAAGGUCUGGAGGAAUUAAUGGGCAAAAAAAGAAAUAAAAGCCCUGUUCCAGUGAAUGUGUUUCCACAAGCGAUUCAACUUUUGACUCCCCCAAGGUCAGGCACGUGUUUUAUCGGGAAGGGAGGUGGGAAAAGCAGUUUCCAAGCCAUAGGGUGUGGUGGGUGCGGAGGGAGGACUGCUGUCCGUGGGUGGCACACUCUGCAGCGUGGGGAGCACUGCCAGGGAGCCUUUGCUCCCCCGGGCUCUGCAGCUGCUGCGCCGCAGGGAAACAGAGCGAGCCAGGGAAGACUAUGGUGAGAAGAAUUGGGUUUCUGAUCACUGUGCAUUUUGUUAAUUAGUGAAUUCAAAUAGUUUUAUUUUUACCAAAAACAGAUAAUGUUUAUUCCAGUAAAGACAACUGUUGACUUGAGAUAUAUAUAAAUAUAUAUAUAUAUAUAAUUUGAAUGGUUUAUAUCCUGUUGCUCUAACUACAUAAAAUGGAAACAUGUUGCAAGUUGUGUCAUUUCAAUAUACAAAAUAAAUGACUUUUCCCUGCAUGCUGCCUGGGUAUGUUGUGAUUUGAAUUAAGAGUUAUAUUUGAAUUGCCUUAUUCAAGAGGUUGUAUGUUACCUAACUGGGGAAUGACCUGGCACUGUUCAUCACAUUACAUGUGUACUUGAUGCUGUGUUAUGUCAAAUUCAGAUGAGUUGUCUGUCAUCUAUGUAUUUCGUGGGAGAUCUUUUAUCUUGUUAAACUGUGAUAUGUAAACCUUCAUUGCCUGAAAUAGUCACAGUUGUAUAAAUCAGUGUCUUCAGCUGUUUUCCUAAUUUUAACACAAUUCCUAACACAAAAUAUAGAUGUUUGUAAAUUCUUCAU